UCAGAACACUGGCAUUAGAAGAACUUAACAUUACUUAAUAGCAUUAGAUAUAACUGAUAUUAGAAAAUUUCUGGUACUAGAAAAAAUUCAGAUACUGUUUUUAAGUUAUAUUAAAUACAAUAGUGAUGAAUUUGUGGAAGUUGAAGAAUUUCGUAGUGAAAGUCUGAUUCUGCAGUGCCAGCAAAGAAAUAAUGCAUUCUUUUUUUUUUUGUACCCGGGAUCGAACUCUGGUCCUUGCGCUUGAGAGGCAGGCACCAGAACCACUGAGCUAAAUCCCCAGCCCAAAUAAUGCAUUCUUGUACUAAAAAGAUAGCAGAGCGAAUUUGAAGUAAACCCAAGGAAAAUGUUCCAGUGGAGGAAUUCUGUAAGAGGAGACAUGCUGUGGUGCUAAGAGCAUUCUGUGGUACAUUUCUCAGACUGCAUUCUUUCCUUGAUAUCAUAGAAACAGUAUCAUGACAUAAAUGAGAAAAAUCAUAGAAAAAAUUUCAAGAAAAGCUUUUUAGUUUCUUUCAAUUUGCUCUUUUUAGUUCAGAGAAUAGCAGAAGAUCCUAAGAUGUAUAAAUAAUGUUUGAUGUGUAACGGAUUCAUACAUAUUAAGCAUUAACUAUUGUUCAUAAAAUAUGCCAUUUCUAAAUAAAGUAUACUUUCAUUGUACUUGUGUAACUAUGACCUCUUUUGUUGUUGCGUACAUUUCAGAUUUCUUUUUAUAAAUGUUAACACUUAGAAAAGAUAAGGUCAAACAUAACAAAGGUGUCAGCCUAAUCAUCAGUCAUAAAUUUAUGUCCACAUUUUCUGGUAGAUGGAUUUUGACUAUUAAUUUGGUUUUGUAUGUUUUCUCUAUGUGAUAUUUGUGCAUUAUUAGAUGACUAGACUGGCCAAGGCAGACCUGUUACACUUGCCUGAGUUAGGCAUUGUUUGCCAUGCCACUAAACCUGCCGUCAAGUGAAACCUUCAUUUGGGAAAUGAGAUCGGAGUCUGAACCGCAGAAGAUGGACGCCCUGUCUCUGUUUUUUAUUGUUUUACUUUGAUUUCAUUUCUUUUUCUUUAUUUUGUCCCCCCCUUUUUUUUGUUUUUGUUUUUGUUUUGUUAAAUCUCUUUCACUUUAACUUGUGAGCUGGUUUUCCAGUUCUUUGUAAAUGGUAUUCCAUUAAGGUUCAUAACGUGUUGCAAAUUAUAUCAGAUGAUUUAACAGCUCAACCUUAAGAUAAAUUUUCAUGUAGUAAGUUAGAAGAAUAUGGUGUUUUGAAGCUCAAUGGGUCUUAAUGGGUACUUACAGAUUCAUCAGUUACAUUUUGUUCUUAAACAAUAAAACACAGGAAUCUUAGAAACACUUUCUGAUCUUAGUGCAAGAUUUUUGUAGGUUUUUUUUUCCAAGUUUACAUCUCUCACAAAAACCAACUGAUGGUUUUUGAUUUUCAUUCUUUCCCCUAGAAUUCUAGGCAUACAGAGUCAUCAAGGAAAAUAAGUAAAUUUCUUAAAACUAUCUGGGGGUAGGGAAGGAGGGUCUUUCACUUUUAUGGUGGUUAUUAUACAACUUAUAUUUCCUUGUCUUAAGACUUUGUUGCCUAUGUGGGGAAUGGAUAUUUGAGACAGUUAUUUGCAUGUGUAUGUUUCUGUUUGCUUGAGUUUUUUAAGUUGAAAAUUCUUCAGAUAUUACUAGCUUAUAAAUGGCUUCAGAGAUUAUACUUUAAUAAUACUUUAAUAAUGUGAGAGAUGUUGUUUUUCCUCUUAGUUGUCUUUGAGGAAUACAGCUUGGGAAAAAUGCUAAAUGAUUAUUUGUUUUAUACUUUUAUAUAAUCUGAUAGUAAUUAGAAGAUAAAUUUGAUACAACUUUAUUUUGAAAAUUAAGCAAUGGAAUUUUUUCCUCAAGUUAAUAAAGUAACAAAAAAAAUUAACAGUAACAGUUAGUUACAGAUUUAUAAUAGUUUAUUACUAUCAAGAAAGACAAUGAGAAUCUGACAACCUACUGAUAUUUAACCCAGAAGUGAGACUUUCAUAAUACCAUGUAAUCAGUUUUUAGCCCAUGUUGAAAACCCAUUUCAUUGGUAUAGUCUUUUUACACUGUCUUUAUGGAUAGUUUUGCUUAUUUGUUGACAAGUAAUAUUAAAUUUGGCACAUCUCUACUAGAUUAGCACUCUUGUUUUUUUAGGUGUGUAAAGUAGUGUACUGAAGCAUGGAGUUUGCAUGUCAGGACCCUGGUUGGUUUAUCAAGGGUGUUCAAGCUUUACAGAUCUCUUUAAAAAAUAAUAACUGUUUAUAAUAGAUGAAAUGAGUGUGAUAUCAAUAUAAAUAAUACAGUAUAUAUCAGUAUAAAUACAUGUUAAUAGUAACUAAUACAUAUAAAAUAGAUUAUUGUUAUUCAGUGUCUUCAAUAAAGUCAACCAACCUUUUAUUUAUCUUUGUGCAUGUUAAGAAAUAUAUUCUCCAGAGUUUAGAUCGAAAUAACUUUGCUUUUGAAAUUAGUUAGAAUGAUAGAAGCUUAGAUGCUGCAAAGUUAAAACAAUAGGCAUUUGCUAAAGCUAAUGUAAUUUUUAUUGUUUCUAUAGAAAGACAUAACCAUUAUUUAAAACAAGUUUUUAAAUUUUACCUAUGUUUAGAGAUAAUAUUCAGAUAAUAUUGUUUAGAGGUUUAUUUCUGCCCAUCUAAUUGUUUUAAGUAGGGUUUUUUACCUCUGAAACCAGGAAUGGUUCUUUUGAAAAUUUAAUACAUAUAUUUCAGCUUAAUGUAAUUUUGUACACUGUUUUAAAACACUUUUGACAGGUUUGUAAUGGAAAUGCAUAGACAGCUAGCAGAUGAGUAGUUAUAAAUAUACCUGCAGCUUUUCAAGACACUUUAUUUUGGUAAGAAGAUAAGGAAAAAUAUGAAAGUUGUGGUCUGUCAAAAUUAAUUGAUAAAAAUUCAGCAAUUAAACAUGGCACAUCAUGUACUUGUUUCAAUUUUCAGGUUGUAGGCAUUUUUUUAGUUUCUAAGAUUGUUUUAGUGUUACUGUUUUUACAGUUAAAAUGUUUAUAAGCAAGACAAGCAUUAACCACUUCUCCAUAUAAGUAUACAUAAAUUGGUUCUAAAAGUAUCGUUAAGUUUUCAGAGACUAGGGAACUUUUAUUAUUCUUAAAAUUUUUUAGCAAUUUUCCAAGGCAUAUUCUUUAGGCAUCACUGAUACUAGUGAGAUGCCUUAUUAACUGAGUAGGUGUAGAUUUCCUUUUAAACUGAGCAUGAUUAUAUGAAGUAGGUUUUGUUUUCUUCUGUUUACUUGAAAUUGAAUGGAAUCUGUUGAAGGGUUACUGAAAUUGUUUGCAUCACAAGUAGGUAGUUUCAGCAACAGGAUAGGGACACUCAUUAAGGAACAAAUUUCAAUUCGCACAUAUUUGUUUUUUCUUUUUCAUUUUUUUGACUAAUUUGGUUAUUUGCCAUUUCUGGGGAUUAAACUUUAAAAAAUGUUCUUCUUUUCUGUAUCUGAUGUUCUGUGUGCUAUUAGUGAUGCAGCCAACACGAACGGUUGUCAUGUGUAACACAACUUUCGAUCACCGCGAAAACACCGUCCUGGGAAAGCGUCCAUGCUUGAUAUCGUUUGGUUCAUGAACAUUAAGUUUCCAGUACAGGUAAAAUCCCAGAGGAAUCCAAAGCCCUCUCUUUAUUGGCUCCUGCUCCAACCAUGACAAGUCUGAUGCCUGGUGCAGGAUUGCUUCCUAUACCAACUCCAAAUCCCUUGACUACACUUGGUGUUUCACUUAGCAGUUUGGGAGCUAUACCAGCAGCAGCACUAGAUCCUAACAUUGCAACACUUGGAGAGAUACCACAACCACCACUUAUGGGAAAUGUAGAUCCUUCCAAAAUUGAUGAAAUUAGGAGAACAGUCUAUGUUGGAAAUUUGAAUUCCCAGACAACGACAGCUGAUCAACUACUUGAAUUUUUUAAACAAGUUGGAGAAGUGAAGUUUGUGCGGAUGGCAGGUGAUGAGACUCAGCCAACUCGGUUUGCUUUUGUGGAAUUUGCAGACCAAAAUUCUGUACCAAGGGCCCUUGCUUUUAAUGGAGUUAUGUUUGGAGACAGGCCACUGAAAAUAAAUCACUCCAACAAUGCAAUAGUAAAACCCCCUGAGAUGACACCUCAGGCUGCAGCUAAAGAAUUAGAAGAAGUAAUGAAGCGAGUACGAGAGGCUCAGUCAUUUAUCUCAGCAGCCAUUGAACCAGAGUCUGGAAAGAGCAGUGAAAGAAAAGGCGGUCGAUCUCGUUCCCACACUCGCUCAAAGUCCAGGUCUAGCUCAAAAUCCCAUUCUAGAAGGAAAAGAUCACAGUCAAAACACAGGGGCCGGGGAUUUAGCUCAGUGGUUUCGCCGCCUGCUGUGCAAGCGCAAGGACCCGAGUUCGAUCCCCGGAGUAGAUCCCAUAACAGAUCACGUUCAAGACAGAAGGACAGACGUAGAUCUAAGAGCCCACAUAAAAAACGCUCUAAAUCAAGGGAGAGGCGGAAAUCAAGGAGUCGUUCACGUUCACGGGACAAGAGAAAAGAUACUCGGGAAAAGAUGAAGGAAAAGGAAAGAGUGAAAGAGAAAGAUAGAGAAAAGGAAAGGGAAAAAGAGAGAGAGAGGGAAAAGGAACGUGAAAAAGAAAAGGAACGGGGAAAAAACAAAGACCGGGACAAAGAACGAGAAAAAGACCGGGAGAAGGACAAGGAAAAGGACAGAGAGAGAGAGCGGGAAAAAGAGCAUGAAAAGGAGCGAGACAAAGAGAAGGAAAAGGAACAGGACAAAGAAAAGGAACGAGAAAAGGACAGAUCCAAAGAGAUAGAUGAAAAAAGAAAGAAGGAUAAAAAGUCCAGAACACCACCCAGAAGUUACAAUGCAUCAAGAAGAUCUCGUAGUUCCAGCAGGGAUAGGCGCAGGAGGAGAAGCAGGAGUUCUUCCAAGUCACCAAGAGCGUCAAAAACCAUAAAAAGGAAAUCUUCCAGGUCUCCAUCCCCUAGGAGCAGAAAUAAGAAGGAUAAAAAGAGAGAAAAAGAAAGGGACCAUGUUAGUGAAAAAAGAGAAAGAGAGCGUUCCACCUCUACAAGAAAGAGUUCUAAUGAUAGAGAUGGAAAGGAGAAGCUGGAGAAGAACAGUACUUCAGUUAAAGAGAAGGAGCACAAUAAAGAACCAGAUUCAAGUGUGGGCAAAGAAGUAGAUGAUAAGGAUACACCAAGGACUGAAGAAAAUAAAGUACAGCAAAAUGGAAAUUGUCAGCCAAAUGAAGAAAACCUCUCUACCAAAACAGAAGCAGUAUAGGACCAACCAAUGCAACUCUACACUCAAUGCUGGAAUAAAAUCCAAAGCUUUUAAUUCUCUCUACCACAAGAUGUAAACAGGGAAGAAAUCUAGUUGAGCAUAAAGAUAGGUGCACCAGUUGUCAGGUGAUGUUGUGGACAUCUUGUUACUGAGUAAGGAGAUAAAGCACGGACAUUGUGAGAAUACCACGGAUUAUCCAAACUCUUCAUCUUCUAAAAUCUGUGCAUUUCCAUGGUGGCUGACACACUUGUCAUGUGGUUUGUUAGUGUUUGCCAAGAACCAUUGCAAAUAAAUUGAAUAUCAGUCAUCCAAAUUUGUACUAUCCCUAAAGACUGGAGAUAAGCAUUGGUGACUCUUUGAAAAAAAUGCUAGUUACUUAAUUUUGUAUUGUUUUACUUUUUUAAAAGAAAAAUUUCAGUAUAUACAAUUUGAUGAUGUGCUUGAAAUUGGUGCAAAUAUAUACACACAAUUGUAAAUGCAAAGUAUGUAAGAAGUUUUAACAUUUCACAGGAUUUACAGUGAUUGUGUUAAAUUCUCACUUGUGUUUUCUUUUGCUUGCUGUUUAGGGCAGCAGUUUUUCUUUAAAAUAGUUUUACAGAUUAAAAUUGCUUAAAUAAGUGGAUUAAAAAACAACUGACAAUGCAUGCUACUAUUCUCUUUUGAAAGGAAGAGCAAUUAUAUUGAAUACUAAUAGUAAUGUGUUAGUAUUCAGUGUUUAAAAUCAUUCAGUCUUCCCACAAAGUAAGCUUUUUUUUUUUAAACUCUUGAUAUUUCCAACUUUAAUAUGAAUAUUGCAGUGUGUUUUGUCAGCUGUAGGUGGCAAAGAUGCCCUUAUAAAAAAGAAACUGGGUUUCAAAAUGGGCAAUGGGAGCACAAGCUGAAGCUUUAGUGCCUUCUACAAUGUGGUAUACUGUUUUCUAGAAUUUUAUAUGUACUAGUCAUUCUCAAUUCAUAUGGAAUCUAGAUGGAUAUUCUAUUCAGACCCAUAGAGAAGUGUGUAAGUGGUAUGUCAGAAGAGCUUCUUACUUAGUUCAUCAAGUAUGAAAGGGAAGUCCUGUUUUCAAGACUGACUUUAGAGUUUAAAACAAUGCAGUUUUGGGACCAUCAGUUUUAUACUGUGAUAAUUGAAAAUAAACGUUCUUUUUUCCUCAAAUCAAAGGAAACCUUUUAGUUGACUACAUUGGAUGGCCUUAAUUAUUGCCUUUCAAUCAAUUUCUCAUAAAUAUUGUAUAGAAAUCAUGGUUUAAGGGAGGACUAAGAGUAUAGCAGAGGUGGUUUAUGUUUAAGCAUAUGUUUACUUGACUUUAAGAUAUAGGUCAUCCAUCAUCAUCAAGCUUACAUUUCGCAGAAUGUAUGCGAGGAGUAAAAUGACAGCAUUGCUAGUGUUUUCCUGGAGAACUGUGAAUUUCUGAGCUUUUUCAUUAUUUCCAAAAAAGUAAUACUUUUAAUUAGCAUAUUAUUAAAAAUCAAGUAUAAUUAUUUUAAUGCAAUCUAAUACAAUCAAAUUCUCAGUUGCCUUACCUCAUGGGAAGAGUUACUUUUGUAGAUUUUUAAAAGCUGAGUAGCACAUUAGUUACUUGGUUUCAACUUGAGUUUUCUUUUAAUGUUAAUACAGUUGAAACUUAAGUAUUUGGUGGAGAAUGGGAAAAGUUGUCCCUUUUGCAAGUAAUGAAGCCUAGUUUGAUAAUGAAGCUGCUUAAUCAUCUUCAUGUGUUCAGAAUUACCGUGUUUGGUUAUUUCCCUUUUUGUCACUGUGUACAUUAAAAGUUUCCAAAAUGCUUUACUAUGUAAAGUAUAGAUGGUCAUUUUAAUCAUUCAGCCACAUAUGGUUGGCUGGUAAACAGCUUAUUCUGAUACAGGAAUGCUUGGGUGCACAUGAAAGAUUGUGAGGGAGUGUGUGUCUUGCAUCAACAGCUGUUUUAUUUAUGAUAUGUAAGUAGAAUAGAGCAAAUGUUUGAAUCUUUGUUAUUUUUAGUACCAUUUCUCUAAUAAAGCUAAGUAUUUUAGAGGAAA